CAACACCAACACCGCCGCGGCUCCUCUGGCUCUCGCUCCUCCGGCUCUCUCCGGGCUCUCUCUACGCUCUGUGGCUGCGCUGUGACGGGGUUGACGUCAGCGCGCGGCGUCGAUUCGCUCAGGAGCCCGACCACGGAGCGCGAUCCAGUUUAGUGCGUGCGUGCGAGAGAGAGAGAAGCAGAGGGAACGCGAGAGAGAGAAAGAGAGAGGGAGAGAAAGAGAGAGAGAGAGAGAGAGAGCGGGCACUGCGAACUGCCUGACUGACUGCCCGUGCCCCUGCGUGCGUGGAGAGACAAACGGAGAGACGUGGAUAACCCCAGCCCCACAAAACUCCCGCAAGUACCCGUGGGUCCUGAGUCUUGUUUACACGCGAGCGAGGAGCACUGCUGAGCGGGAGCAAAGCGCAGCCUCAUGAGUGGGCCCCGAUCGCUCCCACCAGAGACACCCCUACCGCUCCGACUGCCAGCUCCGCGCCAUGGACUUAACUAAAAUGGGCACCAUCCAGCUCCAGAACCCCAACCACCCCACCUCCCUGCUGCACAAGGCCAACCAGAUGCGCCUGGCGGGGACACUGUGCGACGUGGUCAUCAUGGUGGACACCCAGGAGUUCCACGCCCACCGCACCGUGCUCGCGUGCACCAGCAAGAUGUUCGAGAUCCUCUUCCACCGCAGCAGCCAGCACUACACCCUGGACUUUCUAUCGCCAAAGACCUUCCAGCAGAUCCUCGAGUAUGCCUACACUGCCACGCUCCAAGCCAAGGUGGAGGACUUGGACGACCUCCUGUACGCCGCCGAGAUACUGGAGAUCGAGUAUCUGGAGGAGCAGUGCCUCAAGAUUCUCGAGACCAUCCAGUCAUCGGACGAGAACGACGUGGAGGUCAGCGUCAACGAUGAUGACGAAGAGCGCAAAGGCCACAAGAAUUCCCGAAAGCAUUCCGCCGAUAGCCACUUUCAGCACGUGUCCGCCAUGUCCGGGAUGGUCGACCAGAGCCCGUCGGUGUCCACAUCCUUCGGGGUUUCGGCGCUGAGUCCGACCAAAGCCGCCGUGGACAGCCUGAUGAGCAUCGGACAGUCCCUCCUCCAGCAGGGCUUCACCUCCGAGCAGAUCCUGCACGCCACCAACUCGCACCACCACCACCUCAUGCCCGAGAUCAAGACGGAGAUGAUGCAGGUGGACAUGGGCGGCAACGGACACGGCAGCCCGCACCACACGGAGGCCAGCAACGGCGAGCGUAGCGGCGAAGACCGGAACCGCGACGGACCGGGAACGCCAACGAGGAGCAGCGUCAUCACCAGCGCCCGGGAGCUGCACUAUGUCCGAGACGACGGGAUGGGCGACCAGCCGGUGGAGGUCGGCCAGAUGGGGUUGGAAGCCAUGGCGGGGAUGACCGAGAAGCACCUGGCGCAAUUCUACUCGCUGCCCACCAAUCACAAGGCGGAGGCGGUGAUGUCGAUGCCCGUUUCCAUGGCGUCGGCGCUGCCCAUGUCCCCGGCGCUGGCGAUGUCCAUGGACUUCAGCGCGUACGGGGGACUGCUGCCGCCCAGCUUCAUCCAGAGGGAGUUCUUCAACAAGCUGGGCGAGCUGGCGGUGGGCAUGAAGCAGGAGGCGCGCAAUCAACACGAGAGGUGCAACGUUUGCGGCGCCGAACUGCCAGACAACGAGGCCGUGGAGCAGCACAGGAAGAUGCACAGCGGCAUGAAGACCUACGGCUGCGAGCUGUGUGGGAAGAGCUUCCUGGACAGUCUCCGUCUCCGCAUGCACCUGCUGUCUCACUCAGCUGGUGAGAAGGCCAUCGUGUGUGACCAGUGCGGUGCCCAGUUCCAGACCGAGGAGUCCCUAGAGGCCCACCGGCAGAUCCACACUGGCUCUGACAUGGCCAUCUUCUGCCUGCUGUGUGGGAAGCGCUUCCAGACGCAGACGGCCCUGCAGCAGCACAUGGAGGUCCACGCCGGGGUGCGCAGCUACAUCUGCAGCGAGUGCAACCGCACCUUCCCCAGCCACACGGCCCUCAAGCGCCACCUGCGCUCCCACACGGCGGGAGACCAUCCGUAUGAGUGUGAGUUCUGUGGGAGCUGUUUCCGGGAUGAGAGCACGCUGAAGGGGCACAAGCGCAUCCACACCGGAGAGAAGCCCUACGAAUGUAACGGCUGUGGCAAGAAGUUCAGCCUCAAGCACCAGCUGGAGACGCACUACCGCGUGCACACAGGUGAGAAGCCAUUCGAGUGCAAGCUGUGCCACCAGCGAUCCAGGGACUACUCGGCCAUGAUCAAGCACCUGCGCACCCACAACGGAGCGUCACCCUACCAAUGCACCAUCUGCCUGGAGUACUGCCCCAGCCUGUCCGCCAUGCAGAAGCACAUGAAGGCCCACAAGCCCGAGGACAUACCCCCAGACUGGCGCAUCGAGAAGACCUACCUGUACCUCUGCUACGUCUGAUCGCCCAGGGGAAUGUAACCCGGAAGAGAUGGGCGGAAGAGUUCGGAGGGGAGAGUUGGAGUUGGAACAAGCAAAAGAAUGUUAGCAACAACGAGACUUGAAAGGGUUUCGAUUUUCGACGAUAUUAGUUUUCCGAAAGGGCAGGGAUGGUGGCGGCGAGGUGUAAGGGUGCUAAACUAAAAAAGGAAGACUUUUUUUGGACAUUUUGGGGAAAGCGUCUCCAAGAAUAUGUUCGGAAUCAUCGGGUCAUUCACUACAUCUGCAAGUUCUUUCAGUUUCAGGUCAUUUCGCGCAGUUCUGCAAAUGCGCUGUGUGGUUGCUGCUGCCUCUAGGUGGACGAUGUAGAUUCUCAAGGGCUAUCUACACCCAAGCACCAAUAUUUGCUCCCAAAAAGACCAUUUCUUUUGGUUGUGUAUAGCGUGUAAUCAUAGUUGAGGUCACUUGACUAAGAAAGUAGAGCACUGAUUUGCUCUAAAUGUAUCUGUAAUGAGGAUUUUGCCUCUGAAAAACGUGCAGCCGAUUAUUGUUGCAUCUUAUUGUUUAAAAUAUGUAAAAAAUGAUCAAACCAGUGAGGUCAUGAUUCGUGAUUUAAUGUUUAUAACCUGGACUAUUUUGACAACGUAGAAUUAUUGCGUUGUAAUUAACCCUUCCUCCAAAUAUGGCCAAUCUAUUAACU